UGUACGUUAGCUCAGUGUUCCUGUGAUCACGCCUAGUAAACCGAGUCACACGAUCGUAUAUAUGAUCAGCUCUUUACUGUUCAUUUAAAGCGCGUUUAUUGACGAUAUUUCUAAGCAUUCGUAUUUAAGUGGCUUUUAAGGAGGUGAAACCUUGUCACUGAGGAAAAAGUGAUGGACAGGGUCUGGCAUGGCCGGUGCUGUCAGAAAGGGGACUCAUAAUCUGAGAAGAUUUGGAUCCAGCCUCUCACAUCCAAACCUACCUUAUGGCCUCCAUCUACCCACCUUCAUUAGAGGACUCAACAGAGGUGAAGGAGGGCUUCCUGUGUCCACUCUGUUUUAAAGACCUCCAGUCAUUCUACCAGCUACAAGGCCACUAUGAAGAGGAACACUCCGGUGACAACCGCCACGUUGGUGGUCAGCUGAGAAGCCUGGUGCAAAAGGCAAAGAAAGCCAAAGACAAGCUGUUAAAGCGGGAAGGAGACGAGCGGACAGACAACAGCUAUGAAUCAUUUUAUUAUGGAGGAGUGGACCCCUACAUGUGGGAGCCGCAGGAGCUCGGAGCCACCCGCAGUCACUUGGAUUUUUUUAAGAAGCAGAGAGCUGCAAGAAUUGACCAUUAUGUUAUUGAAGUCAACAAAUGCAUUAUACGACUAGAAAAGCUAACGUCCUUUGACAGAACCAACAUGGAUGCAGCGCAAAUAAGAUCACUUGAGAAGUCAGUGGUAUCCUGGGUGAAUGAUCAGGAUGUGCCAUUUUGCCCUGAUUGUGGGGGCAAAUUCAACAUCCGCAACCGUCGUCACCAUUGCAGACUCUGUGGGUCCAUUAUGUGCAGAAAGUGCACCGAGUUUAUUCCUCUGCCACUGGCAUAUAAAUUAACCAGUGGAACAAGGGAGGCCCUGUGGGCUCCUGGCCAGAGCGGGUCUCCUGGAACUACAGUCCCGGUGAUGCAGACUUCUCGUCGUGGCUCCAUUACCAGCAUCUCAUCUGUCACCUCUGUGUUGGAGGAGAAAGAUGAGGACCGUGUACGUUGUUGCCAUCACUGCAUGAACGCACUACUCCGGCAUCAGCACAAACUGGAGGAAAAAGACCACGUGCCUGAUAUCGUCAAACUCUAUGAGAGGUUAAGGACGUGUAUGGAGAAAGUUGAAGCUAAGGCUCCAGAGUACACACGCAUGGCAGAGUCUCUCAAUGCUGGGGAGACAACCUAUAAUCUAGUGAAUGCUGCUGCACUAAGGAUGGAGAUACAGAAAUACUAUGAGCUCAUUGAUGUUCUGAGUAAGAAGAUACUCACACUCGGACUAAAAGAUGAGGUCCAGCCUCACCCGAAAGCCCUGCAACUGCAAAGGAUGGUGCGCUACACAGCUACACUUUUUAUACAGGAGAAACUGUUGGGUCUGACGUCACUCCCCACCAAGGAGAAAUUUGAGGAGCUUAAAGAGAAGAGAAGAGAGGAGCAGGAGAAAAGGGCGCAGCAGGAGAGACAGGCAGGUCUGGAGGCACAAAAACGUCGAUUGGAGAAUGAAAAUAACCGUCUGGCCCUCGGCGCAAAUGAGGAUGUUCCAAGUCCACGCAUGACCAAAGCUGGUGGCUGGCUGCCACAAUCAGACACUCUACAUUCUCGGUCUGAGCUGGAUGACCCUCUGCUGCAGCAAAUCAAAAACAUUGAGUCGUUCUUACGGCAGGCACGCUCCGCAAACCGCACCGAUGAAGUCGCCAUGCUGGAGGAGAACCUGCGCCAGCUGCAGGAUGAGUUUGACGCUCAGCAGACCAGUCAGGCCAUCCAGCUUUCACAGAGGAUGGCUGAGGAGGCAGACCUACAGCAGAGACAAAUUGAACAUCUACAGCAAAGAGAGCUUGAGUACAGAACCCAAUCAAAAAACUCUUCUUUGGAUUUCAGAGACAGAGAAGGUGUUCAGAAAAGAGACGAAGAAGAAGAAGGUGACUUAGGAGAACAUUUGAUCGGAAGCCCUGGGUCUUCAAAGUCACGCCUAUUAGGAAACUCUCCUCCCUUAGAGAGGCAAAGAGAUAAACGUACACCAACUCCACCCACCAGAAACCCCUUUGAAGAGGAGCAUUUCUCUCCUUCUGAGGAGGAACCAACAAACUCUCAGACAGCCAACGGAAAGAAAGAGUACAACCCGUUUGAGGAAGAAAAUGAUGAAAUGGAAGAUCCGGAUACAGGUAAAGUGAAGUCACCUAGAAAUCCUUUCGAAGAUGAAGAUUAUGAAGAUAGAGGUAACCCUUUUAAAGAGGUUUCUGACGAUAUUCCAGCUGCCUCAACCAAUCCAUUUGAUGAAGAGGAUGAUGAGGAUGGUGCAGCAGUUGAUGACACCAUUGAGGAGGAGCUACUGCUACAACAGAUUGAUAAUAUCCGGGCAUAUAUCUUUGAUGCCAAGUUAAGUGGACGUUCUGAUGAAGUGGAGCUUUUGUCAGAGAACCUAAAGGACCUGCAACGCACACUACAAGAGCAGAAAAGAAAAAAAUAACAACUCAUUUUGUAAUUGGUGAUGCUUGUUUUCAGUUACAAAUAACAAUGUAAGCUACAGAUGCACUAGACAAACACUUGAAACAAAUUUGAAAUUUCUGUGCAAGAAAGCAAAAAGAAAAAGAAAGAAAGUAGUAGGGACACAGACAAUUCAUAAUCAGAACAACUGAAUUUGUUGCAUUGAUUUAAAUUUGUAAUUUAAUCAAUUUAAAAAAAAAAAAAAAAAAACAGUGAGUCUUAGCAUUGCUAAAUAUUUCAGUUAAUAUUUUAUGUGAACAAAAUCUUAAUUAUACAUUAUUACGUAGUUUCAAGUCAUACAAAUGGGUAGGUUUUAUGGAAGUUGUUGAAAUAUCCGAAGAAUUUCUUGUUCAACAAAGUCAGUAUUUCAUGCACAAAGCUACUUUGAUUCAGAAUUCAUUUUGCUUUAGAAUUUUGUUAAUUUAUGUAUCAGAGUCUAGCAUGAACGCACUCCUGCAGCUUUGAACUCUUUUUAUAUUGAUCUAAUGGAUAACCAGCACUUCACUAAAUUGAAACCCUAAUUUCCUGUGUUUCUACCUUUGAAACAUCCAAGAGAUAGUUCCCGCAAACAUGAAAAUCCUUUCACUGGUUACUUUCUGUUCCAAACCAUUGUUUAUUUUGAUGCUGUCAAAAGCUAUUUUAGAACUCUGAUUACUUUCGUUGUACAGGCCCAAAAAAUAAAACAUCUCUUCAAUUAUUAAUUUUUGGGUGGACAGUCUGUUGGUUACAAAUUUGGUUGAUCAGUGUCAAUUGUCUGUAAUUAAGUUUGUGCACAUUUACAUAGUUUUAUGCCAUUAGUAGUACUGAUUUUUGUUGCACUUAAAUGAUUGAUCUAUUCUUCAAAUACAUCCAAUGCUAUGGAAACCAGUGUUGACGUAACAAACUUGGGCAUAUCGUCAUUAUUGCCUGCUGCUCCUCUGAAUAGCUGUGCAAAAACUGUACCAUCUGUAUGUUAAAUCUCCUCAAUUUUGCUUGCAUGUAUUAUUAAUCCUUCGUUUAUGUGUGCCCACCACAAAAAGACAUCAAAACUAUUGAGUUCUAUCAAGGCUUUUCUGUACAGAGUGAAAACAGACAAUGUAAUGCUUUUUGUGACUGUAUUUGUGUCAUCAGAGUAACAUGUUGUGACUAACAACCUCUCCAUUAGCUUUUGGAUAAUGUUGUGUUUACACUAAGCAAUAUCAGGUAUCAAAUGUAACACUAAUAAUUAAUAAAAUUCACUGAAUGAAAACACGGUGAGAUAUUCUUUAGGUUUUUGUUUUGUGAAAGGUUCACAAAAGAAUAAAUAACCAAUUUUUAAUUGUUGUAUAUUUAUUGUUUUGAAAGUUUAUAAAACAAGUUUGCUUUCCAUAAUCACAGUCUGAGUGAAAGUCAAAAAACAUCAAAGAUAAAGGACCUUUUUUUUUUUUUUUUUUUU